CUCACUCUUUGAAUCCUUAGGCCACUCAAAUUCCCACAAGUUCAAUCUAAAAUCAAGACCGAAUUGGGACCGGACCGGAUCAAAACCGUAUUGUAUCCAAUCAAAUCUUUGAUCCUUAUAUUCCCAAAAAAGACCGGACUAAGACUUGAUCAAUUCGAACCAAUUUAACCACGCCGGACCGUAUAGCCACCAUUAUUGUUAUCCAUGCCUACCUUUGAAUGUUUUACAAAUCAAUCAAUGUAAAAAUUGCUUAGAUUUCUGACAGAAUACGUGCUACUUCUUUCCAUUAUCUCAUCGGGCUCCCGCCAUCUUCAUUAUUACUACAACGCAGCUAACAGCUGGUUGGCAGCUGCCGAUAUAUAUAUCCAGCUUUAGCCAUAACUCCAUUUCUGCUAAAGGUUUUAAUUUUUACCGGCAACAAGUUGACUGGCCUGCCCGAUAUGUUCAUUGGCGACGCGCUUACGUUCACAUUAUUCAUUGUUACCAUGGUACGUUUUACUUCCUGCAAGGUAAAAAGGAAAAAAAAGGUGGGUAAUAAAUAAUGGUUGGUGUACUGACCAGCUAGCUAGUGUCAUCAAAGUUCAACCCACAUUAUACCCUUCCAUCUCCAUGAAACCAAAAAGGGAGUACCAUACGUAUUCCAUAUAAUCCCAAAGGUCAUCUGCGAUUCUUUAGGCACAUGGUUUCCAAAAGUCAAGAGUGUCUUUUGAUCAUGUAUAUGAUUUGGUAUUUUUGUUUCGUAUAUAACUAAUAAUAUCUUUCUCCCGAGAAAAUAUAAAGAGUUUGAGAGGAUUAUGAGAAUGUAUUCGCGAAAAAGAGAAAAAUGUUUAUCAUAUAAGGGAAAUGAGGAUUUUGACUUGGUAUGCUAUAUUCGAUAUACCCAACAUAUUUAUUAGUGUUACACUGCUGGUAAGAGACACGCUUACUACUACAAUCCAGGCCCAGCACCGUUUACAACUUCACAUCCUUUUUACCUCGCCUUACUAUUAUAGGGGCAAGUCUCCACUUACGUAUAAUUAAUACGACACGAUUAAUUAGUUAGCUUAUCCUCCCUUUUAUUUCAAAAGUGCCUUAAUUUUGAAUUCUAGUGGAUAAAUUCAAAACGCUGUGUUUCUUUUCCUUACAUCACAAAAUAAAGUGGAUCAAUCUAAUGUAGUGGCAGAGUCGUAGUUCAGGAGAGGCUACAUUCAUCCUUGAAAUAUGAUAUUAGAUUAUUGUGUUAACGCGUAUUCAUAUGUUGAUAAAAACAUUGAAAAAUAGUGGGAUGAGAACUAUAUCGCCAACCCUCCUUCCUCCAUGAUCUCGAUUCAAUACUAAGAAGAUAUCAUAGUUUCUUAUUAUUAACCUCCCUCCAAUCUAAAUCCUGAAUUUUACUAAUCUAUAUCUAACCAUUACCAAAUGAAAUACUAUGCUCUGCAAUGUUGGUGUCUCAGUUAAAUUUGUAUAAUAACGUUAAAUGUACAACUUCAGUUUAUACCAUACAAUUUUUUUUCUUUCAAACCCAAAUACAGAUAUCAUACAAUAUAUUCCUAUUAAUUACACCACAUGCACUAUUGGUCCAUUUCCACAAACCAUUGAAAUCCCUUCACCUCACGCUUUCCAAAUUAAGGUGAGCAAGUUUUAUACUCUUAUUAUAUACCCCCCUCAAUAACGGAAUAAAUUCUCUGCACAGUUUGGAGUUUGAACACCUCUAUUUAACAAGCAACAAAUCAACAAUCCUUCCUCCUCACAACCAUAUAUAUAUUCUCUCAUUUUAAUGAUAACACAUUCCUUACAACCAUAACAUUCCCAUGUCUCUCCAUCAACCUUGCACCCUUCCUCUCCUCCUCCUCCUCCUCUUCCUAGCUUCCGCUGCCGCCGUCGUCGCAGACUGCGGCGGCGGCAGGUGGCAGCUCCUUCAGCGCAGCAUCGGCAUCUCCGCAAUGCACAUGCAGCUCCUCUCCAACGACCGCGUCGUCAUCUUCGACCGCACCGACUUCGGCCGCUCCAACAUCUCCCUCGCCAACGGCAGCUGCCGCGAGGACCCCAACGAGCGCGUCGUCACGCACGACUGCUCCGCCCACUCCGUCGAGUACGACCCCGCCGCCAACACCUUCCGCCCCCUCACCGUCCAGACCGACGUCUGGUGCUCCUCCGGCUCCGCCAUGCCCGACGGCCGCCUCGUCCAAACCGGCGGCUUCAACGACGGCGACCGCCGCGUCCGCUCCUUCUCCCCCUGCAAAAACGUCAGCGGGUGCGACUGGGUGGAGCACGAGAACGGGCUGGCGGCGAGGAGGUGGUACUCGACCAAUCAGCUCCUGCCAGAUGGCAGGCAGAUAAUCGUCGGGGGACGCCGCCAAUUCAACUACGAGUUCUACCCCAAAAACGACGCCGCCGCACAACUUUACAGCCUCCCGUUUCUCGUCCAGACCAACGACGGGAAAUCCGAGAAUAAUCUCUACCCCUUUGUGUUCCUAAACGUCGACGGUAAUUUAUUCAUCUUCGCCAAUAACCGCGCGAUCCUCUACAAUUAUAGCAGCAGGGCCGUGGUGAGAAAUUACCCCGAGAUCCCCGGUGGGGACCCCAGGAGCUACCCGAGCACCGGAUCCGCUGCUUUGCUCCCACUGGACCUUACCCUGCACCCGGGUGCUGAUGACGUGGCCGCGGAGGUUUUGGUCUGCGGCGGCGCGCCGAGAGGCUCGUUUGAGAAGGCCGGGGUGGGGGAAUUUGUGAAGGGGUUGGGUAAUUGCGGUCGGAUCGGGAUUAACGACCCGAACCCGGUUUGGGCGAUGGAGUCGAUGCCGAGGGAGAGAGUGAUGGGGGAUAUGGUGAUGCUUCCCGAUGGGAAUGUCCUGAUUGUGAACGGGGCCGGGUCGGGUACGGCCGGGUGGGAGAACGGGCGGGAACCGGUGCUAAACCCGGUUCUGUACCGACCCGGGAACCCGGCCGGGUCGAGGUUCGAGGUCCAGAACCCGACCGACGUGCCGAGGAUGUACCACUCCGCUGCGAUCCUGCUCCGCGACGGGAGGGUGCUCGUCGGCGGGAGCAACCCGCACGUGUAUUACAAUUUCACCGGGGUUAUGUUUCCGACGGAUCUGAGUCUCGAGGCGUUCUCGCCGGAUUACCUGGAUGGGAGAUUUGAUGGGGUGAGGCCGGCGAUCGUGUCGCCGGCGGGCGGGGUCGGGGUGGGGUACGGGGAGAAGUUUGUGAUUCGGUUCACGGUGUCGGCGGCGGGGGCGGUGAAGGGAGAUGACGUGGCGGUGACGAUGUUGGCGCCACCGUUUACGACGCACUCGUUUGGGAUGAAUCAGAGGCUGCUGGUGCUGGGGAGCGAGGGGUUGAGGAGCGUGGCGGCGGCGGCGGGGAGUUACGAGGUGACGGUGAGGAUGCCGGGGUCGGGGAAUUUGGCGCCGGCGGGGUAUUAUAUGGUGUUUGUGGUUCAUCGGGAAAUUCCGAGUACAGGGGUUUGGGUCAAGCUCCAUUGAUUGACCGGCCACGUGGCGAUUCUUUUUCUUUUUUUAAAUUAAUAAGCGGAAUUAAAUAUUUAGAGUUUCGGUUUUUACCGUGGGAGUAUAGUUUAUGAGACGAGAUUGAAAGGUCGUGACUAAUUAAAUGUGUUCGUGUAUAGCGCACCACGUACAGAGAUUGGUUCCGGUUACCGUAUAUUGAUGGAGUUUUUCAAUAAAUAUAUUGUUCCAAUUUAAUUUGUGCAUUUUUUACCAAUUCUUCAUCCUAUAACCUAAUUGUGAAAAAAAAAAAUCAUCGUACAAUCUUUGAUAAUAAUGGUUGCUUGUUUAUGCAAAAUUCUUGCUGGUUUUCUAUCUCGUUAAUAAAUCAAUUACAAUAAUUGAGUCAAACUCGAGAGUCGGAAUAAACGAAACAAGGGAAUAAUUAACGAGAGGAAGUACUGCACCAUUAUAUGAACAACCUGGUUAACGAUACGCAGAACAAAAUAAAAUCUAAUGUUAGCGCAUAAGGAUUGUUUUACAAACCAACAUAAUUCAAUAAGAUAUGGAUUCUUCUCCAAUGCAAAACAUAUACAACAUGUUUAGAUGAAUUGUACAUUGAACCCCAUCAAAUUUCUUUGUAACAGAUAAGAUCUUCUUUAUCUCGUUAUGAUCACAGGUCGUAAUGAAAAAGAGAAAAAUACUUACUAUCUAAUUUUCCUGUUCUUAUCGGUAUUAAUCGACGAAACCGUAUCAAUCAAAGUCCAAAUAUGUAAAACUACAGCGAAAUCACAAUAUACCUUAACAAUAUCGCUAUAGAAACUGCAUCAAAUCUGUCUAAUUCGCGCAAUUUAAAUUAAUAAGGACGCGAUGUUAAGACGUUCAACUGGCCGGUCGCUGCACCAAAUUACAUUGCAUGGAUGAUGAUAAUGUCAUCUGCGGUUACGAAUUCACCAUUAAAUUUGCCUUUGUUUUUCCUACCAAGCUGGGGCUGAUCGAGUACCAAAGUCGGUUUGCUUUCUUACAGAUAUACUUACACAGAUACGUACAUACGUUUAAGGAUUCAUAUCCCUUGCUUUCACCACCAUUUCUGUUUUUACGUUCUUUUGUUAAGUUAUGGGUCACCGGCCGGUUCGUUAUUUAUAUAAGUUAUGACCCGCCUUGGUCUCAUUAAUUUGAGGGGUUUCUUAACGUAUAUGAGAUCAUUCGAAUCAGGAAAUGGCUGUAAUCAGAUGGCACUGACCAAUUAGCGGGUAAUUUUGCAUAAUUAGCUAGCAGUAAACUACUGGUUUAGCGUGUUCACGUGUAGCGGUAAUUACUUGAUUUAAUUGGUAAAGAAAGAUUGAUUGUUGGGUUUAAAACUUUUCCUCAGUUCGUUCAUGGGCUCUUUUAGAUUGUCCCUGAAAUUUUAGUUUGGAAAAGGAUGGAUGUCAAAAGCGGCAAGUCAAUUGUUUCCAAUACUAAGUAUAUCAAAACAAGAGCUCAAAUUUCUCAAAUUCUACCGAUCAAUCUACCUAACUUACACAAGCAAACGGUAGAUAUAGCUGAAAUAUUGUUAUCAUGGUACGAAUUUCGAUUCAUGACCAUAAGUUUAUAGGGAUCGUUUGGAGAACCAGAUUUGAAUCAUGGAUUUAUUGAAUUCAUAGAUUUAGCAAAAUGUUAUGUUUGUUUUUUUUGCUAAUAUUUGUAUCGUGGAUUGUAGUUUCAUUGAUUUUAAAUCUCUAAAAUAUAGAGAUAUCAAAUCUCUCAUAAUUUCUUUAUUUUGGAGAUUUUCUCCCUCCUACUAUAUCUCUGGGUUUUUUUUUCCAUUUAUCCCACUAAAUAUCCUUACCAAUAAAUUCUCAAUAUUUUUCGAGCCAAUCUAAUUAUUUUGGUUAAGGAUAAACAUGUCAUUUAAUAAAAAUAUAAUUUUUUU